UUGGUCGACGGCAAAAGUCAGCUUCAGAGAGAGAGAGAGAGAUCAGCAGGAAGUAGACAACUACAGGUACUAUGGCCUUCUUCUCCAGUUCUUGCACUGCAAAUAGCUGGUCUACUGAUAUAAAAAUCACUUGCUAUAGUUGCCAGUUCCACACACCUUCUCGUUCUCAGGCGGCAGCUACUUCACCCCUUCCUUCCUUGCAACCUCUCUCUCUCUCUCUCUCUCUGAACAGAGUGCAUGUUCGCCAUGGCAAGCGCCGGCUGCAAGGAGGAGCGGGAGCCUGGCCUCUACGAGAAGCAGGGGAGCAAGCUCCAUUCCAAGAUGCUUUCCAAGGAGGCGGCCGCCCAGCUCGCCGUGCCGUCGUUCCGGGUGUACUACAGCGUGGCCUCGGCCGGCGCGGUGCCCUUCCUGUGGGAGUCACAGCCGGGCACGCCCAAGAACGACUCGCCCUCCGCAGCCACGCUCCCGCCGCUCACACCGCCGCCGUCCUACUACGCCUCCGGCGGAGCCGGCUCUGGGGGGUCAAAGAAGCGCCGGUCAGGCCUCAUCGGCACCAUCCUCCCCAGGAUCACUCUCCUCCGGAGGCCGGGCCGGUCGAAGCCGUGCUCUUCCACAUGGUCUUCGUCGUCGUCGUCCACCAUGUCGCCGGUGUUCACCGUGCAGUCGUCGCCGGCCGCGGGCGGCUUCCGCGGCCACAGGCGCACGUUCUCGGCCGGCGACGAGGACACGGACACAGCGGCGCGGUGCUUCGGGAUGGAGCGCGCCUGCUGCGAGAGGGGGAUGGUGAAGGGGUGCGGCGUCGCGGUGGCCGUCAGGAACGCACUGGCCGCGGUCGUCGGCGGCAAGCCCGGCCGGCGAGCCACCACCAGCGCAGCAGCAUAGAGAGGCUUGAUAAUAUGGCUAAAGCUCAGGGUGUGCUUUGCAUUUUGCCGCAGCACAUGUAAUCUAUCUACCUGCUUAGUAGUUACUUAACGUGCCAUGCCAAAAUUAACCGUGCAUGAUAUGGAACAUAGCAGUAUGUACGUCAUGUACGCGUUGGUAUGUAUGUAUGUAACCGUAUAUACGGUACGUUCUGUGUAGCCUGGUCCUGCAAAUACGUAUGGUUGUCCCAAAGUCGAUGAGUGAGGUAGAUCUGACGGAUGCUACUCGGUACUCCUUUUGAAUUUUCCUGUUCAUCAUGAAAAUUAUAUAUUUUCAGUA